AUGGUUGGUAGAGAAAGAGGACUAGAGGUCCUCUCCUUGUGGAGGGACAUUCAGCAGCUCUCCAAAGGAUAUAUGAUGGGAUUCCUAAAAACAAGUACCAGAAUGAAGUCCCUGCCGUGUCCACCAGGUGAACCCAUACCUGUUCCAAAUGAAUGGUACCAGCAAGGGGACUAUGUCAUUGGUGGGAUGGUAUCUAUGACUAGCUAUCAAUUCAAUGAAGUUUCAUUUCAGCAGCAUCCUUCUCAGGAGUAUUUUGGCCAUCCAGACGUGCUAACAAAGUUUUACCAACAUAUCAUUUCCUUGGUCUUUGCUGUGAAAAAGAUCAAUGAGAAUCCAGAAAUCUUGUACAAUGUCACUCUUGGCUUCUAUAUUCUUGAUAGCUACUACAAUGCAAUAAUGACCUAUCGGACCACCCUGGACCUGCUCUUCAGAUCACAGAGAUUUGUUCCGAACUAUAAAUGUGACACCAGGAGAAAUCUCAUUUCUAUCAUAGGAGGGCUCAGCUUUGGAACUUCCUCCUAUAUCGCAGAUCUGGCAAAGUUUUACAAGAUUCCACAGCUCACAUAUGGGUCAUUUACCCCACAAGAUGUUCAUAGCACUGAGAUUCCAUUCUAUUACUCCCUGGUUCCAAAUGAGUCCUCACAGUACAUUGGGAUUAUCCGACUGCUUCAACAUUUUAGGUGGAGAUGGGUUGGGCUCCUUGCUAUUGAUAACAGUCAAGGAGACCAUUUUCUGCAGAGCAUGGAGUCCCUCUUUUCCCAGCAUGGAAUCUGCUCUGCUUCUACAGAAAGAAUCCCAUUUUUAACCUACUGGGACAAGAUUUUUGAAAUGUUCAUAAAAGGGAAAAAUAUUUAUAAAAAAAUAAUUGAUGAGAAGACCAACACGUUCAUCAUCUGUGGAGAAUCUUUGACAAUUGCAUGGUUAACGGAUAUAAUUUUUUGGCUUGACCCUGGACAUGAGCAGAGUUCCUUGGGAAAGGUAUGGAUCAUGACUGCCCAGAUGGAUUAUUUAUUAACAGGAAUGAAUAAAAAAUGGGAUCGGCGAUUCUUCGAUGGUGCCAUUUGCUUUAAAGUUCACUCAAAAGGCAUUCCAGGGUUCAAAGAAUUCCUGAAGUUCAUAAAACCUCCUUGGAUUCAAGGAGAUGGAUUUUUUCCACUUUUCUGGGAACAAGUAUUUGAUUGUUCAUUACCAUCCCAUUCUUUAACCAAACUGGACAAUCCCUUUUGUACUGGAGAGGAGAGGCUAGAGAACAUUCCUGGGGCUCUUUUUGAGGUAGAGAUGUCUGGGCACAGCUAUAGUAUCUAUAACGCUGCCUCUCUAUUGGCUCAAGCUUUACAUGCUCUCUUCUUACUUCGAUCUAAUCGCAGACAUUUUUUGAGGCACAAAUUAUCAGAAUAUGAAGAUUCACAACCAUGGCAGGUGCUUCCCAUUUCUCUAUGCAAUGAACAUUGUCUCCCUGGUUAUCAAAAGAGGAAGAAUGAAGGAAAGAAAUUCUGCUGUUAUGAUUGUGUUGAAUGUCCAGAGGGGAAAAUCUCUAAAGAGAUUGACACUGUUGCUUGCUUUCAAUGUCCUGAUGAUCAAUAUGCAAACCAUAAGAAAGAUGGAUGCAUCAUGAAAACAAUUAGCUUCUUAUCUUAUGAAGAACCUUUAGGACUCAGUUUAGCCACCAUUGCUACUUUAUUUGUCCUCACUACAAUAUGGGUGUUGGGAAUAUUUAUUCAGCACAAAGACAGUCCUAUUGUGAAAGCCAACAACCGGGAUCUCACCUACAUUCUCCUCAUCUCCCUUCUCCUUUGCUUCUUCUGUUCUUUGCUCUUUAUUGGACAACCUGAGAGAGUCACCUGUCUCCUCAGACAGUCUGCAUUUGGUCUCACCUUUUCAUUGUCCAUCUCUUGUGUGUUGGCAAAAACCAUCCUUGUUUCUCUUGCCUUCAAGGCCACCAAGCCAGGAUCUCAGAUAAGGACAUGGGUGGGGAAAAGAUUGGCUGUUUCUGUUGUCCUGCUCUGCUCUCUACUCCAAGCAAGUAUCUGUCUUGUUUGGUUAUCCACCUCUCCUCCAUUCCCAGAAUUAGACAUGCACUCAACAACUGAAGAAAUGGUUCUGCAAUGCAAUGAAGGCUCAGUCUUUAUGUUUUAUUGCGUUCUGAGCUAUAUGGCUCUUCUUUCACUUUCCAGCUUCAUUGUGGCAUUCCAGGGUCGUAAACUUCCUGACAGUUUUAAUGAAGCCAAGUUCAUCACCUUCAGCAUGUUGGCUUUCUGCAGUGUGUGGGUCUCCUUUGUUCCAACAUACCUGAGCACCAGAGGAAAAGCUAUGGUGGCUGUGGAGAUAUUCUCCAUUUUGUCCUCUAGUGCCGGGCUUCUAGGAUGCAUCUUUUUCCCCAAAUGUUACAUUAUUGUAUUUAGACCUGAUUUAAACAAAAGGGAUCAACUGAUAAGAAGACAUGUUUAA